CAAAUUACAUUCCCUCUAUAUAUGCUAAUUCCCUCGUCACUCCUAUUUUCAUUCUCUUUCAAUAUGUCAAAAAUAAGACACAUUUUUUAUUUUAUACUUCUUCUUCUUUUGUUAAAUUUAAGCCAAACAUUAUGUCACACCAAAGGAAUUCGACCAAGGAAUUCUGCAGGGAAGCAAUUAUCGAAGAAUGUGACACAAACCCAAUUCUCAGAACAGCAAUUUAUGAAGUGGGUGAAGUUUGUUGGCCGCCUCAAGCACUCGGUUUUCAAGAGUGCAAAGAAUAAGCUAUUCCCUUCUUACACUCUUACUGUGACUAAAAAGCCGGCUGCCGGAGAUUUCACUUCAAUUCAGGAUGCCAUUGAUUCUUUACCAUUCAUCAACCUUGUGAGAGUGAUCAUUAAAGUCCAUGCAGGAGUUUACACGGAGAAAGUUAAUAUUCCUCCUUUGAAAUCAUUCAUAACCAUUGAAGGAGCAGGGGCAGAUAAAACAAUAGUUCAAUGGGGAGACACAGCCCAAACACCUGGGCCAAGAGGGAAGCCCAUGGGGACCUACGCUUCUGCAACUUUUGCUGUGAAUUCCCCUUAUUUCAUUGCCAAGAACAUCACAUUUAAGAACACUACCCCAGUACCAAAACCAGGGGCAAUUGGAAAACAGGCAGUGGCAUUUAGAAUAUCAGCGGAUACAGCAACAUUCUUGGGGUGUAGAUUUUUGGGAGCACAGGACACACUUUAUGACCACUUGGGUAGGCACUAUUACAAGAAUUGUUACAUUGAAGGUUCUGUGGACUUCAUCUUUGGCAAUGCUCUCUCUCUUUUUGAGGGAUGUCACGUGCAUGCAGUAGCACAGAAUAUGGGGGCCCUAACAGCACAAGGGAGGAGCAGUCUUUUAGAUGACACGGGGUUCUCUUUUGUGAACUGUAAGGUCACGGGCUCAGGAGCACUCUACCUUGGGAGGGCAUGGGGUCCUUUCUCUCGGGUCGUCUUUGCUUACACAUAUAUGGACAACAUUAUCAUUCCCAAAGGCUGGUAUAAUUGGGGUGACCCUAAUCGUGAAAUGACUGUGUUUUAUGGGCAAUACAAGUGUACAGGACCGGGAGCAAGGUUUGCAGGGAGGGUAUCAUGGUCAAGGGAACUUACUGAUGAGGAAGCCAAGCCUUUUCUUUCACUUACCUUCAUUGAUGGUUCCGAAUGGAUCACAUUAUAAUAAAAUUCUAUAUAUUUAUAUUUAUCAUUUUUGUAAAACUCAUCUUGGCCUUCUUUUAUUUAUGAGGUCGCAAGAGAAUCUAACAAAUUAUGAUAUUUAUGUAUUCAGCAAAAAAAAUUAAAAAAAAAAAUUAUGAUAUUUAUGUUUUAA